GAGGCAUAAAUAGCAACACUGUGUAUUUAUCUAUAUUGUCUAUUUAUCAUUGUGAGGUCGCUUUAGCCAUAAUUAUGUAUUUUGCCGUUGCUUUAGAAAUACAAAGGUAAAGAUUUACUGCAUACAGAGUUUAAAAGAUGAGAUGACUGAAAGUACAUAUGAGUAUAUAUUUUAUUUGAUUAAAAAGUAUUUAUUUAUGGAGGCCGAAGUUCGGAAAGGGAGCUGCCCCAGGCUGUGAUUGGAGGAAGCGGUGCCACGUGCACCCUCCCCUUACUACACCAACUGCUGAGAUCUUGACUUGAAACAUUUAGCAAGUGACAUUGUGUCAUCUUGCAGUACAGCGCUGAAAGAGUCAGACUGGAAGAGCUGAGUGGACCAGGUUGGUACAGGACCAAGAAGCCAAACAUUGACUGCAGGCUCGACUCUGUUUUGGACAGGUGAGGUGGUUUGGAGACCAUAUUUGUGACUUUAGACCUAGGUUGUGAGGCGGAGGGUCACGAUGGCAGUGAGCGGGUUUGACAUUGACGUGCCACGGUGGGAUCAGUCCACGUUUAUGGGAAGAUUGAAGCACUUUGCCAACAUCACAGACUGGAGGACAGCACUACUGCCGGACUCACGACUGGAUGAGGCUAAAGCACUGGUGGAGAGCUGCAGAGCGGGGUCCGUUCCCCCCGGCACCACAGAGGAACAGCUGCACUACGCCAAGAAGCUCUAUGACUCUGCCUUUCACCCUGACACUGGCGAUCGCAUGAACCUGAUUGGUCGGAUGUCCUUCCAGGUGCCCGGAGGGAUGGCCAUAACGGGCGGUAUGCUUCAGUUCUACAGGACAGUCCCUGCUGUAGUGUUCUGGCAGUGGGUGAAUCAGUCGUUUAAUGCUCUGGUCAACUACACCAACAGAAAUGCUGCUUCCCCCAUCACACCCAAUCAAAUCGGAGUAGCCUAUUUAACAGCAACUAGCACUGCUCUAGCCACUGCUGUGGGACUUAACUUCUACACAAAGAGGGCCCCUCCGCUGGUGGCGCGCUGGGUUCCGUUUGCAGCCGUGGCGUCCGCUAACUGUGUCAAUAUUCCAAUGAUGAGGCAACAGGAGCUUCUGAAUGGCAUAGCUGUAACAGAUGAGAAUGGAAACAAACUUGGCCAUUCCAAGAAAGCAGCUGUGAAGGGCAUCACCCAGGUGGUCAUUUCCCGAAUUACCAUGGCAGCACCAGGCAUGAUCAUUCUCCCCGUCAUCAUGCAGAGACUUGAGAAAUUCAAGUUUAUGCAGAGGAUCACCUUCUUCCACGGACCUUUACAAGUCAUAAUGGUGGGAGCGUUCCUGGUCUUCAUGGUGCCUGCAGCCUGCUCCCUGUUCCCUCAGCAAUGCUCCAUGGCUGUGUCUAAACUGGAGCCAGAGCUAAGAGAGUCCAUCUUGUGUCAUUACGGGGACAGUGUACAAUACGUCUACUUCAACAAGGGCCUAUGAACACACGCACACCUGCCUUCUUAAUCGUUGUCCAAUCAGGGAGAGCAUCUGAAAGUUUUUAUAGAUGAGCCAAUCAGCAUCUUCGGUUCAUAGGAUAAAUAGCUUUCUCCUUGUUUGUCUUUAUUUUCAAAGAAUCUUUGUAAUUCUAAGGGAGAUGUUCAAAUGUGUUUGAAUUCUCUUUUUGUACCACAAACCACCUUUUUAUGCGAGUAAAGUACAUGUUGGAUAAAAAAAAAUGUCACGAGGCCUGAUGGAAACAGCAGAUUUGUCUGUAAACUUUCGAAAUGUUGACAAAACAAAAUACACUUGACAAAGUGGGA